ACUUCAUCCCGAGGCUUAAACGAAAGUGCGUGUGUGUGGAAAGAGCACAACCAACUACUGCAGCAGAAAAAUGGUCUCAGAUAGUUUGAGAAAGACGAAAAUAUCCAUUCACAAAAAGGUUUCUAAACCAAUGAUGGAGAAAAAGAGGAGGGCGCGCAUAAACACGUGCUUGGAUCAGUUAAAGACUCUUCUGGAAAACAUCUACUCAAAUAACAUUAGUAAGCGAAAACUUGAAAAGGCCGACAUUUUGGAGCUAACUGUGAAACAUCUGAAACAUCUUCAAAAAUCCGAGAAAGGUUUGGCCAUAAACUCUGGAGGGUCUGAAUAUCAGUCGGGCUACACGACUUGUCUCGCCAGUGUAAACCAGUAUCUUCUCACGGCUGAUGCAAACACGGCGAGUAGAUCCACCAUGCUGGCUCACCUGUCCCGCAGCCUCCUUCGCCUCGGAGCGCCGGCCCCAAGUUUCAGCACCACGGACAGAGACUGCGCAUCAUCUCCGCCCUCAAAAAAACAGCGAAGACAUGACACCUUAUCAACCCGCCAUCAAAUCUUUACCAAAGACCAAAAGCCUGCACACGGACUCUUCGAUCAUCACAAACACAUUCAUGUUAAUCGAAGCUGCAGUGCUCCUGCAUCCUUACAACAAAAUUACUGGCGCCCUUGGUAACUGGCAUUUGCAGAUGUAUUUAGAGUGUAUAGAAAUUGUUUACUUUUUAUUAUAGAUAUAACUUGCUCUUGUUCAUUGCACUAGAUCCUAUUUUGGAUACCUUUUUGUACAAAUGUAUAUUUUUUUAAUAAAACGAGAAAAAAUAA